CGGGGCCUCCUCCCUCAGCGGCCAUGGCGGAGGAGGCCGAGGGGCGGCGGCGGCUCCUCUCCGCCAGACACGAGGCGGCCGUGGAGCCCGCCGAGGAGGCCACCGAGCCGGCGGAGCCCGACAUCACGGACCUCUGCAGGGACAUGUUCGCCAAGAUGGCCACCUACCUCAGCGGCGAGCUCGCAGCCACCAGUGAAGACUACAAACUUCUGGAGAAUAUGAACAAACUGACCAGCUUGAAGUAUUUGGAAAUGAAAGACAUUGCCAUCAACAUCAGUCGAAACCUGAAGGACUUAAACCAGAAAUAUGCCGCACUGCAGCCUCACCUGGAUCAGAUCAACGCCAUCGAGGAGCAGGUGGCCUCUCUGGAGCAGGCAGCCUACAAGCUGGAUGCGUAUUCAAAGAAACUGGAAGCCAAAUACAAGAAACUCGAGAAGCGAUGAAACACCUUAGGGGACCGCGACUCUCUUUCCCGGUGGGCCAGGAUGUUGUGGAAAAACAGAAGCUCGGGACGGAUUGAUUGGCGCAACCCGGUAAAAGGGCCGAAAGCCACUGCCCUCCGGAGAAGCCCCAGCCCGACGGACGGACUUAGCGGCUCCGGGUCCUCCUCCGAGACUCUGGGGCCUCUGCCCACCCCACCCCCGGGUCUCGUGCUCCUCUCUUUGGUCCUCGGGAAGGACUCAGCCAGAGCUCAACUUGGGUCCCACCGACCCCCGGUACCCGAGGGGGUGGCGUGGGCUGUUUCCCCGACACUCUGGGCAUCCAGUCUUCCCACCAACGCAGAGACUCUCUUCUAGUUAUUUUGCGUGCAGCUCGGCUUUGGUGUGUCCUAAUCUGUCUAUGCCCGUAACGGUGCUACCCUGUUGCCGGUGAUCCCAGAUCAGACGUGUGACUGUGACCGGCUUGGGUCUUCUAAUAAAAUGUUGCUCUGCUCCUUGGUGACCGGAAGCAA